AAAGCCUCUUUUGUUCCAUGCAUCAUUUAGAGAGCUUGUAUUUUUGAUUAUGAGUCUUCCCUCCUUCUCGUAACCAUUCAAACUAAAACCAGCAGGAGGGAGGAGUAUGGCCGCAGCAGCUCUCUGCGGUGAGGGAGGGAAGGCUGAAAAUAGCUUGCCUUGAAGGUUGGUCUUUCACUCUAUCUGUGUUCCUGGAGAGAAGCCGGGACAGAGGGUAGCAUGGUUGGUGGUUCGAGCAUCUGAUGGAAAAGGCGUCGUGAAACUGAGCUGGCAGUUCCUGUCAGUGGGCCCCUGCGGCUGAGAGGAGGAAACCAUGCCGGAGCGUAUGGGUGGAGAAGUGGCUUCGGCUGGGGCGCCUCAUUUCCAAGAGAGGCAGCCGCAAAUGGGGCUCGCCUAAGCAGAGGUUUGAUUCUCUGACUGAGACGGACGUCCCUCUUCGUGGUCCCGGCGGGGGGCUGCUUUGACUCGCUCUCGGUGGAUCCAAUCUAAUCUCCUUUGGUUUCUCUCUGAUUUGCAGGAGAGCCCCAGUACAGCAACCCUCCCAUGGCCCUCGAAGCGAUGGGAGGCACCUCCAGCGGACCUCAGCUGUAGGAUGGUAGCACACAGUAGUGUAACGCCUGAGCAUGGAAUUGCAACGGAGCUGAGAUGUCAGCUUGAGCCCUCUGUCCGGGACGCUCUGCAGGCCCGCGCCCCCCAUAGCGCCGUGCAAGCCCCGCGGGACACCCACUUCCACACCUUCCGCUCCCAGGAGGACUUUGGUGUCAUCGUCCGCACCAGCGCCCUGCUGGACAAGUGUGGCUUUUACUGGGGUCCGCUGUCUGUCAGGGCUGCGCACGAGAAACUGAAGGAUGAGCUGGUGGGGACUUUCCUCAUCCGCGACAGCCGGCAAAAGAAUUGCUUCUUCACCGUUAGCGUUAAGACGGCCACCGGACCGACCAGCGUCCGCAUCCUCUUCCAAGCAGGCCGGUUCAGCCUGGAUGGCAGCAAGGAGGCCUUUGACUGCCUCUUCCAGCUGCUGGAACAUUACGUCAACUCUCCCCGGAAGGUCCUGGUUGCCCCACUGCACAAGGAGCGCUUGCGGUCUUUGCAGGACCUCUGUCGCAAGAACAUCGUGGCGACCUUUGGCAGGGAGAAUUUGCGGCACAUCCCCCUCAACCCGGUCCUAAAGGAUUACCUGGAGUCUUUCCCCUUUAAGUUGUAAGGGACGAGCAUUAAGCCAGGGAUGUGCCGGAGAGGAGGGGAGCAGGAGGCGGCUCCGGGUGCUGGAAGUUGGGCGUUCAGUGGUGUGCAAUCCCACCGCGCUGGGCCCGGGAGCCAGGGCCCAUUGUUGCACGGAGAGCGGCGGGAGAAGCAGAGUCCCUGCAGUGGUAAACCGCAGGUGGUGCAGAAGCUGCCGGUGGUGCUGGGCAUUGGUGUGGAAGGACGGGAAGCCAGCCCGCGUUUGGAUUUUAUAAAUGUCUAAAAACGAUCAUGAGCGCAUCUCAUUUCUGUAGCAGUUCCACUGUAUUUGAACACUUGACUACCAAUGUUUACACAACUGAUAAACUGUUUGCACAAACGGAGGCUCUCAGAAGCCUUGUUAGUAAUUUUCUGCUAUGCAGAACCCUUUUGUUACUUUAUCUAUUUUUUUCUAAAGUUAAUAAUAAA